GUUUAUCUUUGUUUUUUGGUGUUUCAAUCGGGCUGCUUACAACAAACCAAAAACCGAACUGAAACCAAACUUGGAACAGAAAGAUCAGCAGCCUCUGGUUUGAGUUUUCCUUCUUCUCUCUCUAAAACCGUUUCUUCUCUUUUGAAAGUCUCGUCUUUUUUCCUUCCAAUCUCUCAUGGCAUUUCCUUUCCUAUCCCUUCUCCUUCAGGUUAAGAUUGAUUCGAUUUUGAGAUGAUCCUGGAAACGUGAAGACUGUUUUUGGUUUCAUUAGCUUGCCAAAAUUACUAAAUUAGGCUAUUCUUUUUUUGUUAUCUAUCAAUAUCUUCAGCUAAAAUAUAGAGGUUAUCGAGUAGGCUUGUGUUUUUGUUAUUUCCUGAUUUGGAUACAAGUGAUAAGAGGUGGAAAAUUUGAAAGCUCGAGCGAUAGUAUGGGCUAUCUGAAUUCCGUGUUGCAAUCUUCAACCCAGGUUCAUGCUGAAGAUGGACCGGUCAGCGGCGGAGGCCUUAGUCAGAAUGGAAAGUUCAGCUACGGCUAUGCUAGCUCUCCAGGGAAAAGGUCUUCGAUGGAAGAUUUUUAUGAGACAAGGAUUGAUGGUGUUGAUGGAGAGAUAGUUGGUCUUUUUGGAGUCUUUGAUGGCCAUGGAGGUGCUCGGGCAGCUGAAUAUGUGAAGCAAAACCUUUUCAGUAAUUUGAUCAGGCAUCCAAAGUUCAUAUCUGACACCAAAUCGGCUAUAGCUGAUGCCUACAACCAUACAGACUCUGAAUUUUUAAAAUCAGAAAAUAAUCAGAAUAGGGAUGCUGGAUCAACUGCUUCUACGGCUAUACUCGUUGGUGACCGUUUGCUAGUUGCAAAUGUUGGGGAUUCCCGAGCUGUUAUCUGCAGAGGAGGCAAUGCUAUUGCCGUGUCUCGCGAUCACAAGCCAGAUCAAACUGAUGAGAGACAACGGAUUGAGGAUGCAGGAGGAUUUGUCAUGUGGGCUGGAACUUGGAGAGUAGGAGGUGUUCUUGCCGUUUCUCGUGCAUUUGGGGACAGGCUCUUGAAGCAGUAUGUUGUUGCUGAUCCAGAAAUUCAGGAGGAAAAGAUUGACAGCUCUCUCGAGUUCCUUAUUCUUGCAAGUGAUGGACUGUGGGAUGUUGUUUCAAAUGAGGAAGCUGUGGCAAUGAUAAAGCCAAUACAGGAUCCCGAGCAGGCUGCAAAGCGGCUGAUGCAAGAGGCAUACCAGAGAGGUAGUGCAGAUAAUAUCACCUGCGUUGUCGUCCGUUUCUUGGCCAAUCAAGGGGGUUCCUCUCGUAGUCUUCCGGCUUAAGCAUCCCCUCCCAGUAUGGUUUUAGGUUUUGGUUCUCUAGCUGUUGGAAAAGUAAGGUGAAAUAAACUUAAAUAGUAAUAGCUAGUCGUAGAAAACUAUAGCAGCAAGGUAAUGUGUAAGGAUAGAAACACGAAGGAACAAAAUGCGUCAGGCUGCUAACGUUUUAUCACAUCUUUUCAGCCUCUAGAAUAGAAACACUGCAUCCAAAGUGUAGCUUCUCUACUUCCAGUCUCGCACAUAGUCAGAACCGAAUGUGUGCACGUGUGAAUUUGUAAAGAGUCUCCAGACUAAGUACACUUCUGUAUGUUGUAAAUGUAGUAAACAAACGUGCUUGUUUUUAUUGCUAGUUCACGUUCUUCGCUU